AUGGCGCAGUCGGUCGUCGAUCGAUACGUGUUGGUGGUGGUCGUCGUCGCCGUCGUUCUCGUUGGGCUUGCGACAAAUGUGACGAUAUGCCGAGGUCACCUCGGAUACGGACUGGCGAUCAGCAAGAUUAUCAUCCAUUUGAAUGAUGCUUUACGUGUCCAACAACUGGAAGAAGAACAGGAGAGGUUAAACAAUUCCUUAUUUUCGCUGAGUUCGCACUUUGCGCAAGUUCAGUUUCGCUUGAAGCAAAUAUCGGAAGCUGAAGGGGAAGACAGGGAGGUUCUUCUGAAGAAUCUACAAGAUUUUGCCUUCAAAGGAUGUGCUGAUAUGAAUGAAUUGAAAAAACUAAGGAGUCAAACUGAAUUCGGAGAGGUUUUAGAGAUACAAAAGCAAAGGCAAAGCGAACUCUUGAAACAGCUGCGGGAGCAACUUGAGGAUUUGGAAAGAAUAGCUUAUGAAAAUGGCGAAGGCGAUAUGCCGAGCACACUAAUCAUUCAGAAGCAGAAAGCUGUGUUGGACGAGCUGCACUCAAAAAUGUCGCUGAAUUUAGAGCUGGAUAAAAUGUCGCUUCCGGAUAUCCAGAAGCAUGUUGAUCAAGCUCUAAAACAGCUUAUAAAUCCUUUCAAAGAGAAGCAACAACUCGUUGAACAACUACAAACGCAAAUAGUUGACCUGGAGCGCUUCGUGAGCUACUUGCGAAGAGAAAAUAGUUCUCAGCAAAAUUCGCCGACGAAGGCAAUUGCAUCGUCUCAGUUUACUACGAACAAAGCCAAGUCUUCUUCGUUUUUUGGUUUGGUAGGCUGCUCUGUGCAACGUUUUCAGAAGAAUCAGCUUAAGAAUACAUUGCAGGGGAAUCAUUAUGGUGACGAGCGAGCUAGACUACAACUAGCUGUUGAUGCUACACAACAGGUUUUGGAGAAGUACACUCUGUUAAGCAUUGAAGGGACGUCCAAAAAGAGAGAAAUACAGGAGAUGGACGUUCUUAAUGAUGAGGUCUUCGAAAGAUCGGAAGAGGAAGUUGUUUCUGUUGUACGACGACAAUUGUGCCCAUCAUUGAAAGCACUGCUAGAGCAUGGUAUGCUUAGGGAAACGCUAACGCAGCGGUCUCUCCCGUCAUCUCUCGGAUUGGGUUGCUUCGCGUCAAGAAAUGGCACCAAAUGUAGGAUAUAUUUUGAAAAUUCGCCCUAUCAUGUUUCCUUUAUUGAUAAUUCUAAUGUAGAUUCUCAUAAAGCCACUCUGUUACAACAUAUAUGGGAUGUGGUAUUGUUUUUCUACGGAUCAAGAAAUGGUCGGGAUCUUAGCGAAGUACCUGUGCGAAAACUUAGUCAGUCGUUUAAGCUAGAGAAUGUAGCUGGGAAGAGUAUUACUUCGAAGCAGGUGUUGUUAACCACUAUCGAAAACAUUGUUUCUUCACAUGCUCGUCUACGCAGAUCGAAAGACGCACAAUGGAAGGCUUUUGUUUCUGCUGCAAUGAAUGAGAAGAAACUUCCAGCAUGGCUAAGGAUGCGAAGAGCUAUACACAUUACUGGAGGAUCUACAUAA